AUGCUGAUUUUUUCUUUGGUUCUUCUUUCAAUCUUUAAGGAAGCUGUGUCUGAUUUGCAUCAACCGCUAUCGAAAGUUGCGAUUCAUAAUACAGUUUUUGCUCUUCAUCUAGAUGCUUUUAUCAAAGCUACUCCUGAUGUACUCGGCUUAAAGGGACAAAAUACAGAAUGGGUUACGCUGAAAUAUAGUAAUCCAAAUCCAACAACAGAUGACUGGAUUGGAGUCUUCUCUCCUGGAAACUUCAGUGCUUCUACUUGCCCUGCAGAAAACCAACAUGUCGGUCCUCCAUUCUUAUGUUCUGCGCCUAUCAAGUUUCAGUAUGCCAAUUUCUCCAGUCCCAGUUACAAGAACACGGGGAAAGGUUCCUUGAAACUUCAAUUGAUUAAUCAGCGAUCUGAUUUCUCAUUUGCUCUCUUCACCGGUGGAUUAACAAAUCCAAAGCUCGUUGCAGUGUCAAAUAAAGUAUCCUUCAUCAAUCCAAACGCUCCAGUAUAUCCUAGAUUAGCACUAGGGAAGACAUGGGAUGAAAUUACCGUAACAUGGACAAGUGGAUAUGGGAUCAGCGAUGCUGAGCCUUUUGUUGAAUGGGGUCGAAAAGAGGGGAAACUUGUGCAAUCUCCUGCUGGGACACUGACUUUUGAUCGCAACACCAUGUGUGGUGCACCAGCAAGGACUGUUGGGUGGCGUGAUCCGGGAUACAUACACACUAGUUUCCUGAAGGAGUUGUGGCCUAACAAAGAGUACACAUAUAAGCUGGGACAUAGAUUAGUUAAUGGCACAACAGUUUGGAGUCAAGAAUAUCAGUUUAAAUCAUCUCCUUAUCCUGGUCAAAAUUCCGUACAGCGCGUGGUCAUAUUCGGUGAUAUGGGAAAGGCAGAAGCUGACGGCUCCAAUGAGUAUAACAAUUUCCAGCCCGGUUCACUCAAUACUACGAAUCAGAUUAUUCAAGACUUGAAGGACAUAGAUGUAGUCUUCCACAUUGGUGAUUUAUGCUAUGCUAAUGGAUACCUUUCACAAUGGGACCAAUUUACUGCACAGAUUGAGCCAAUUGCAUCAAAAGUUCCUUAUAUGACUGCAAGUGGCAAUCACGAACGUGACUGGCCAGGAAGUGGAUCAUUUUAUGGGACCUUGGAUUCAGGUGGUGAAUGUGGCGUGCUUGCUCAAAACAUGUUUUAUGUUCCUGCUGAGAAUAGGGAAAAAUUCUGGUACUCAGUUGACUAUGGCAUGUUUAGAUUCUGCAUAGCUCACACGGAACUUGAUUGGAGAAAAGGAACAGAGCAGUAUGAGUUCAUUGAAAAGUGCCUAGCAUCUGUUGACAGACAGAAACAACCAUGGUUGAUAUUCCUUGCACAUAGGGUACUUGGUUAUUCUUCUGCGGAUUUCUAUGUUGCAGAAGGCUCGUUUGAAGAACCAAUGGGAAGGGAAGACCUUCAAACUCUAUGGCAAAAGUAUAAAGUCGACAUAGCCAUGUAUGGACAUGUCCAUAACUAUGAAAGAACAUGUCCGAUCUAUCAGAAUAUAUGUACCGAUAAAGAGAAGCACGAUUACAAGGGCUCCUUGAACGGGACGAUACAUGUAGUGGUUGGGGGAGGAGGUGCAGCUUUAGCUGACUUUGCCCCCAUAAACACCGAAUGGAGUAUCUUUAAAGACCAUGACUUUGGAUUUGUGAAGCUCACUGCAUUUGACCAUUCAAACUUGUUGUUAGAGUACAAGAAGAGUAGUGAUGGACAAGUUUAUGACUCUUUUAAGAUAUCAAGGGAUUAUAAGGACAUCUUGGCUUGCGCUGUUGAUAGUUGCCAAAGUACAACAUUAGCAUCCUGA